GGUCGUAAUUCGGUUUAAAUACAGGCCCACUGUAUCUGAACUCACGCAUUGCGCUUCUACUUUCGCCUCGAGAUGUACAAAGUUGUCGGUGUUCUGCUGCUGAUAUCCUCACUUUCAGGAAACCUCGCACAGACUUCAAAAUUGGCUCAAGUUAAAUUCACCUUUAACAGAUAUCCGUAUGAUAGUUCUGGACCACAAUGGCGAUUUGUCAACCGAGAUUACAUCAAUCCUCCCCCGUUCCAUCGAUCAGGUAAAUUUGACGUAAUUGUACCUGCCCUUCUCCCAAUACAACCCUCAGGUAACGUAAUUUUCGGAUCAAGUGGUAAUGGUAAGGUUGGCUUUCGUAGUGCUCCAGCUUUCCCGACCGAAAACCAACGGUUCAACACAUUUUCGUGUCUGCGGUCAAUCGCUUCUGGAAGAACUGGCAAGGUCUGACGUUAUGCUUUUGAAUUACUUAAUAAAAAUGUAGAAUAAAUA